CGGCCGAGUCUCCGCCGCCCGCGCCCUGCGCCCGCAGCCCGAACCGCACCCGCCGCGGACGGAGCCCAUGCGCGGGGCGAACCGCGCGCCCGCGCCCCCGCCCCCGCCCCGCCCCGGCCUCGGCCCCGGCCCCGGCCCCGGGGGCAGUCGCGCCUGUGAACGGUGGGGCAGGAGACCCUGUAGGAGGACCCCGGGCUGCAGGCCCCUGAGGAGCGAUGACGGAAUAUAAGCUCGUGGUGGUGGGCGCCGGCGGUGUGGGCAAGAGUGCGCUGACCAUCCAGCUGAUCCAGAACCACUUUGUGGACGAAUACGACCCCACUAUAGAGGACUCCUAUCGGAAGCAGGUGGUCAUUGAUGGGGAGACAUGCCUGUUGGACAUCCUGGACACGGCUGGCCAGGAGGAGUACAGCGCCAUGCGGGACCAGUACAUGCGCACUGGGGAGGGCUUCCUGUGUGUGUUUGCCAUCAACAACACCAAGUCUUUCGAGGACAUCCACCAGUACAGGGAGCAGAUCAAGCGGGUGAAGGACUCGGACGACGUGCCCAUGGUGCUGGUGGGGAACAAGUGUGACCUGGCUGCACGCACCGUGGAGUCUCGGCAGGCUCAAGACCUCGCCCGAAGCUACGGCAUCCCCUACAUCGAGACCUCGGCCAAGACCCGGCAGGGCAGCCGCUCUGGCUCUGGCUCCAGCUCCGGGACCCUCUGGGACCCCCCGGGACCCAUGUGACCCAGCGGCCCCUCGCGCUGUGAGGGGAGUUCCCAGGGCGGCCGCCACGCCCACCCCGCCACGCCCACCGGAUGACCCCGGGCUCCCUGCCCCUGCUGGUCUCCUGGCCUGCGGUCAGCAGCCUCCCUUGUGCCCCGCCCAGCACAAGCUCAGGACAUGGAGGUGCCGGAUGCAGGGAGGAGGUGCAGACGGAAGGAGGAGGAAGGAAGGACGGAAGCAAGGAAGGAAGGAAGGGCUGCCGGAGCCCAGUCACCCCAGGACCGUGGGCCGAGGUGACCGCAGACCCUCCCAGGGAGGCUGUGCACAGACUGUCUUGAACAUCCCAAAUGCCACCGGAACCCCAGCCCUUAGCUCCCCUCCCAGGCCUCUGUGGGCCCUUGUCGGGCGCAGAUGGGAUCACAGUAAAUUAUUGGAUGGUCUUGA